AUUGCUUACAGCUUCCGCGUUUAUCAAUCGUCGACUUAAAAUUUCAACUUAUCUUCUAGUUAAGCAAUAAUUUCUUGUUAUUUUUAAUUGAUUUUGACACCAAAUUAUAUGCAACAACGUAUAAAAUGGCUUGUCGUCCUAAUGAUUGCGUUUCAAGUGGAUAUGAUGAAUCAAGAUUUGAAAGCUCUGUCAACGUUGAUGUUCAUUGCCCAAUAUGUUUUAAUGUCAUGAAAGAUGCCAGAAUGUGCCACAAUCAACACAUGUUUUGUCGUUCCUGUAUUGAAGAACAUCUACGAGUUAAUCCACAAAGAUGCCCUCAAUGUCAAGAUAAUUUAACUGUAGCUACACUUCUUCCAGCGCGUUUUGUAAAUAACUUGAUUUCAAAGUUAAAGAUCAACUGCGACUACGCUAGUCGUGGUUGUCCUGAAUUUAUAAAUGUAGAAGAUCUUGAAAGACAUGUUGAAAAUUGUGGUUUUGCUCCAGUGUUGUGUUCUAAUGAACGUUGUGGUCUGGAAAUAAACAAACGAGACAAGAUUAAACAUGAAACUGAAUUAUGCGAAUACAGAAAGAUUGCUUCUCACGACUUUGCUGCGAUAAAAGAAAUAAUUGAACGAACAUAUAAAGAUCAUAAUGACCAAUUACAGAAAGAAAUGUUGGGAUCAAGGAAAGAAAUGAAAGAUGUUCAGCAAAGUCUUUCUACAGUCACUAAAGAAAUGAUGGAAAUGAAGGCCAUGAUGUUUCAAAUGUUGGAAAAGAUGAAUACAAAUGUACAACAUAUUCAAACAUUGACAUCACCAACUGAAUUAGUGAUGAACUCAGUAAGAAAUGAUAUUUUAAUUGCUGGAGGCUACCCAUAUGGUUCCUCAAAAAGUGUUGAAAUAUUUUCAUGGAAGGAGAAGAAAUGGUUUGAGAUAGCAUCACUAGAAAAGAUACAUAGCCAAGCUUCAUCAUUUAUAUAUAAUGAUAACAUAUUCGUUUUCGGAGGAAAAGGUUGCAGAUCGAUUGAAACUUUGAAUCUUAAUCAGUUACCAUUGACAUGGAAGACAUUUCAUGGUGAGCUACCUUAUGAAUGUAAUGGUCAUCAAACUGUUGUAUGUAAACAACAAAUUCUUCACAUUGGAGGAUCUAUUGUAGGUAAAGAAAUAUCAGAUAUGAUCAGUGAAGUACAGAUUACAGGUUCAACAUCUUAUGUUUUGAAAGAGUUGUGUCAUAUGCCUGAACCACGGUUUUGCCAUGCAGCUGAAGUUGUUGAUGAUAAAGUUCUGAUUUUCGGAGGAGAGCGAAAACGGGAUGAUCUUCUUAACAGUGUUUUGGAGUUUGAUCCAAGGACUCGUACAUUUAAGGAAAUGCCCUCAUUACCUCAUCCAUUGACUGAUAUGGCAACAGUUCAAUGGAGAGAUCAAGUUGUUCUUCUUGGAGGUUAUGAUGGAAUAGAAAUAUUGAACAGUGUUAUUAUGUAUGACAUUAAGACAGGUGAGAACACAGUCUUACCAUCCAUGCUGGAAAAGAGAAGAUGGUGUUGUGCAGUUAUAACUGGUGAUACAAUUGUUGUCAUGGGAGGCAUGAAUAAUAAAAAUAAAGAUCUUAAAUCAGUGGAGUAUUUUAAAAUGGGAAGCAGCUCUUCAUGGAAAUAUCUUCCCUUAAUGAAUAAACAACGAAGUGUAGCCAUUGCUGAAGUUUUACCGUUGGGAAAAAAGGAUCUAUUGAGAUGAAAAUCUAUAACCGAUUCAAAAAAUUGCAAAGAAAGAGAUCUAACACGCCUGUUACCAACGUCUCGCAAACUAAAGGCAAAAAAACAAAGAAAAGGAACAGUCAUUGUUGGACGAACGUUCCCGAGCCGUGCGAAAGUGAAGAUCUUACAGCAGUGGUAUCAAAAAUAAAAAAGAGUGGCAGUCAGCUAAAAAGGAUCAUGAAAAAAUUCAGGAGUUGAUGGCUGUAUGCUAUGUUCCAAGGAGAUCACUUGUCCUGGAAGACGUCAGAAGAAUAGUGGAAGUUGUUGAAAUUUUCCUCCUUUAGAAAAUCUGCUAUGCGUUAGUAGCUAGUAGUAUUCUUAUCCCAUAAAAUACGUACAUAAGUUUAGCAAGCUUAUAGGUAACUGCUGUUAUAUUGUAUUGCUACAGAUCAACGCUGAAUUUGCAAAAGUUAUGGGGAAUAAAGACGUAGCUACACAGGUAAAGGAAAACUUCAACAAAGUCUGGCGUCACAGGCUGUUGGCAUAUGCUGAAGAAAAUGGUGGUAUGCAUUCAGAAGACUUGAACAAAAUGCACAAUGCUAUUGACAGUGAUAUCCUUGAAGAAGGCGAAUGUGCUGGUAGAGCAGCUAUCAAAAUCGCUCAAAUUGUCUUCAAGCAGCCAAACAGUAGAGGGGACGCCUCAUGUUAAAUAAGCUGUUAUCAAAGUUGUUAAGAAUGGCGCUUUCCUUGAUGAAAGGAUAAGAACACAAAUUCAACCUUGUAAUUUGGUAGGGGAUGACCUUUAUCAAAAUGACACUUUAUAUGUGGUGGCAGAAGGAAUAGUUUUGUGCAAUGUAACAACCAAAAAGAUUGGCGUUGCUCUGGUUGCUUUUUUGGCCACAUAUUAUAUGUACAAUAUAAAAUACAUUGAGGGCAAGAAUGUCUAUAGCUUUCUUGACAUGGCAUUAUUGGAAAUUAUCCCAGAGAAGUGCCCAUCUUCUGUCAAAAGUUUGGUUGGAGUUUUAUCAAAUGUCUCCAACUAAUGAUGCAUGCACCAGCCGGCACGCAUGCUAUAUUCGAGCAUGUUUUAUUUCAAUUCCAUAUUUUGUGAAGUUUAUUGGUGUAAGGUGUUUUACUGAAGAUGUUAAACAUUUAUGUGCAUGUGUAUAUUAUACGAGACUUGUUUAUUGCAAA